CUUUGGUAAUCAUAACGUCGCCGGCUCAUGAUUACGUCUGUCACGACUGCAGGACUGGAUAAGACAAACUCGCGGACACACUCCCCUCCACUGAGAACAGCUAGCAGGGCGAGAUAUUUUGUAGCUUUGCUUGCCGCAGUAGACGGUGCAUGCAGCCUAACAAGUUCACUCGUAUCACUGUCGCCCGCGACCCCCCUUUUGACAACCGCCCUUGCCGUGCAGCCACCCGUCGCGCUGCGCGUCGCCGUCAAGGCCGUUCCACAUUUAGGAGAGUCUCUCGCUCUCAGCCAGAUGAGUGACUGCCAGCAUUAGUGCGCGCGAGUAGCACCACACCUCUAGUGUCAUCGCUCUAGCAUCAUCGUUCUAGCAUCAUCGCUCUAGCAUCAUCGCUCUAGCGUCAUCGCGUUUCUCCCGCCUCGCCCGCUUCAAUUCAUGUCCGCAGCACCCUGCUCACACCGCCCUUUCGCCCUCAUGUCGAUCGCCGGAACCUCGCCCUUUAGUCGCUGAUGACCGUCGCACGAGUGUGUCGCCCUUGUCGCAGCCGCCCGUACGCGUUUCGUCGCAGCCAUGGUCGUCGCCACCGCCCCUCCUCCACCAUGCCCAGCUGCCGUCGCCAGAAUACAAACCACUCGCUAGUCGCCCGCCCGCGACUCAACUUGUCGCACAGUGUCGUCCGCGUUGGCCAGUCGCAGCGACCUCGGCUCCGCGCGGCCAGUCCGCGCAGCGUCGUCGUGGCGGCGGCGCUCCUCGCGCUCCUCGCGCUGCUCGCCCUCGCCUCGCCGCCGCGCUGCGCCGCGCGCAGCUCGCGCGGCCUCAAAGUGCAUCUGCCGCCCAUCGGCGCGGGGUGGAGCAAGGGGGGGAAUAAAGGUGGCGGAAACAAAGGGGGGGGGAACAAUGGCGGCGGAAAUAAAGGCGGAGGGAACAACGGCGGAGGGAACAAGGGGGGCGGAAACUCCGGUGGAGGGAACAAGGGCGGGAAUAAAGGCAUCGGGCUUCAACCCGUGUCGUGUUAUUUCGCCACCAAGGCGUGCGACUUCGUGUUCAGCGGGUCGGCGUCGCUGGUGCCGCUGCUGCCGCUCUUCGCCAUGCGCGCCGACCAGCCCCUCUCCGGCCCCAUCCUCCACAAGAAGGGCAACCGCCCGGUCGUCUCUGCUGCCAUACAGUCGUGCCGCGCCGUCACCACCCUCAACCUGCGUCUGCCGUCGUGUCCGGCCUUCUCCCUCCUGUCGCCCUCGGCCGCCAGCACGGGUGUGCGCCUCGCCGGCAAGCCGCUCUCCCUCAUCCAGGUCGCGCAAUACAGCGGGGCGUGCUUCACUCUGGACUUCGGCCAGAUGGCGGUCAAGAUGGGCAGCGGCCCACGCGGCAUCACUCGACUGGUCCGCGGCGACGGCAACACCGAGUUUCCUGAGAAUCGGCGCUGCAUUGUCUUCCGCUCACUUUGAAGCCCGCGGGACCUUGCUGCUGUGGUGCGGCGUGCCAUACACAUGCCGAGUCUACCCUCCUCACUCACUCGCUCCGCUGCUCAUUACGCACUCGCUGGCAGCGCCGUAAGUGCAGCACGUUGCAUGCCAGGCAUGGCGCUCAGUGCCAUGAGUGCUGUGAGCACUGAGAGCCCCCGCCCACGCAUCAGAGGCGCGUGGGUUCACGGUGCAUGCCACUGCACCGUUUUUACCCGCUCGAUUGUGUGCCCUGCUUGUGUGCCUCGUGCGUGUGAGGUGCGCCCGCCCCAGGCCCAACUCAAGUGUACUGCGCACUGCUCUCACCUGCUCCUCUUGGGCCCUCUCUGCAAUCAGCUGCCCACUUGCGGCUGCCCUUACACCUCUAGCAGAGUGGCACGGGGGCAUCAUCGCUCGAGGCGUCAACCCCCAUACAUCGUCUUCCAGUAUGGGCUUUAGUACCUUUUUGUUGUGGUGCAAGUUAAUAUGAAAGCGUGUUCCUACAUCUCUAUCAGACAUGCCAUUUAUCAGGUGUGCGCGGUACUUCAGAGUGCG